UCAUAUUUUCGCGGCGGAAGUAGUUGCUUUCACGUCCAUGCCCGUCAGCGAGCGCCGUUGCUUUAUCCUUCACAUGUUCCUGUGCAUAUAAUCUGUUUUAUAAAAGUUUCGCCAUGGCUGAUUUUAGUUCUAGCUUUGAUAUGCCGUCGGCUGGUUCAUCUGAGAACGCCGAGGCUGCGGAGCUCCAGCGUCUGAUCGCGGUGGAGCAGCAAAAGGCCCAGUUCCAAGCGCAGGUCCACAACUUUACGGAUGUUUGCUGGGAUAAGUGCAUGGACAAACCGAGCUCCAAGCUGGACUCGCGAACGGAAACUUGUCUCGUUAGCUGCGUGGAGCGUUUCAUCGACACGACGCUCACCAUCACCAACCGCUUUACGCAGAUGGUCCAGAAGGGCGCGCACUGACUGAAGGACACCGUCCUCAAGGACAAUUACCACAUAGUCUUCAUGUUCCCGCGGUGCAUUCAGAGGGUGCACUUUAAGGGUGCUGAACCCUUCCAAUCUCGCGGAAAAAUGACCUAAAGCCCUUUCUCAGACUUUAAAAAUGUUUAUGAUAUGUGUGUAUAACAUUAGCUGUUAAACUAAUGCAACCAGCGAAUAACGACUAUUUUUGCUGGAAAUUAUCAGUAUGGACAGUUUUCAUGACUGACUGUCCCAAUCUGUAAACCUGACUGGUUUGUGACUUCAAAUAAAUCAGAAAUUUCAAAGAAACAAACGUGAUUAAUGUUCUUUUUUGCAAAAGAA